AGCUUUCCUUUGUCCAUAAUUCAUGCAAUGGAGAGAGAGAGAAUAACAAUUAAACAAAGGGCCUUUCACAGCUCUACGCCUUCCUUUAUCAUAUCUAUAAAAUACAAUACAAACCUUGCAUUCCCACCUCCCCACAAACCAAACACAUUUCUCAAACUUCUCUGCAACAAACAAAAGAAGAAAGAAGGAAACUUGCCUCAACCAGAAAGAAGUUGGUUUUCAAUUGGGUUUAUUGGUUUUGCUAGAGCAGAUCAUUGGGUUUUGUUUUUGAGGUUCAAGAAGUUCGUUUACUACUCAUCUGUUUUCAUUGAAGAUUGUUGGAAAAAAUGGAAAGCAAGACACAUGAGAAUGAUCUCAACCUUAAGGCAACAGAGCUGAGAUUGGGGUUGCCAGGAAGAGACGAAAGUGAUGAGGUUCAAGCAGUAGGGCAGCUGCCUAGUGCUCUUAACAAGAAGAGAGCUUUGCCUGAUACAAAAAGUGAAGAAGAGUAUGCAUCAAAGGGAACCUCUGAUGCUCAUAAGGAAACCCCUCCUGCAAAGGCACAAAUAGUGGGCUGGCCACCAAUCAGAUCUUACAGGAAGAAUAGCCUUCAGGCAAAUAAGACUGAGGCUGAGAUUUCUGGGAUUUAUGUGAAAGUAAGCAUGGAUGGAGCACCUUACCUCAGAAAAAUUGAUCUGAGGGUUUACAAAGGCUACCCAGAACUCCUAAAGGCCUUAGAAGUCAUGUUCAAAUUCACUAUAGGCCAAUACUCAGAGAGGGAAGGCUACAAAGGCUCAGAAUAUGCACCUACUUAUGAGGACAAAGAUGGCGACUGGAUGCUGGUUGGAGAUGUUCCAUGGGAAAUGUUCAUGUCGUCCUGCAAGAAGCUCAGAAUCAUGAAAGGAUCAGAAGCCAGAGGCUUGGGGUGUGGUGUAUGAGGGAGAGAGGGCAACCCAUAAGAGCAGGGAGAAGAAAAGAGAUAUCUCUAUAUAUCUCUCUCUCUAUAUCACAUGAUAUGGAGAGCAAAUUAAUCUCACAGCUUGGGUUAUCGAAGAAGAUAUUCAGAUCUUAGUCUCCUUGACUUCUGGCAGGUCUUCUCUGGAGUUGAUUGGAAUUGUAGACAGAAGCAGAAGAUAUCUAGUGGAAGUAAUUACAGAUUCAUUCCAUAAGUUUGGAAGCAAGAUUUGUUGUGGAUUGAGGAUACAGAGAGAGAUUUUGGUUCCAAAGAGAUUGUAUAAAGGGAAGAUGUGACAUGUUUCAUGUUUUGGUUAUGAGUAAUGUA